AUCAACAUCAAAAUAAUUGUCUUUACACAUAAAGACUUUGCUUGCAAAGUUGUCCACUGCUUCCUUAAUCUAUAUUUGCAGGCUUUUGGCAAAUUAAGGUUGUAAGCAAGAGAUCUUAUAAUUCCACAAUGACAGAGUCUUAUUUCCCCAUGAAGGGUGGUGAAGGUGUAUAUAGCUACACCAAAAACUCCUUAUUGCAGAGAGAUGCUGCAGAUAAUGUAAAAGGGAUGAUCAGAGAAGCAAUUCUUGAAAACCUUGAUGUACAAACCAAAACAUAUCUUAUUGCAGAUAUGGGAUGUUCAGUUGGACCAAACACUUUUUUUGCAAUGCAAAAUGUUGUACAAGCCAUAAAAGAUAAGUACCAUUCUCAAAUAUCUCUCAAUUCUACAAGUCCUGAAAUCGAGUUUCAUGUUUUCUUCAACGAUCAUGUCACGAACGACUUCAAUACCCUAUUCGAAUCACUACUUUCCAAACAAAAACCAUAUUUUGCAGCUGCAGUUCCUGGUUCCUUUUAUGGACGAUUGUUCCCCUCGCGUUCUCUUCACUUUGUAUAUUCUUGUUACGCAUUACAUUGGUUAUCAGGGGCGCCAAAGGAGUUGAUAGAUAAGAAGAAUAAGGGAAGAAUUCAUUAUGAUGGAGCUUCAUUUGCAGUAUGGAAUGCAUAUAUUAAUCAAUUUGAAAAGGAUAUGGAAGCAUUCUUGAGUGCAAGGGCAGAGGAGAUUGUUCCUGGAGGCUUAAUUGUUCUUACUUUGCCAGCUAUUCCAAGUGAAUUACAUCAUUCCCAAAGUGGUUAUGGAAUGCUCACAUUUCUUGAGUCUAGCCUUAUUGAUAUGGUCAAUGAGGGAAUUGUAGAAGAAUCUUUCGUUGACUCAUUCAAUUUGCCAAUGUAUUUUCCCUCUCUUGAAGACAUGACUAAAGUGGUGAAGAAAAAUGGAAAUUUUAGCAUAGAAAGAAUAGAGUUGACAUAUGCCCAGUUUAACAGUGAUGCAAAGAGUUUCAUAGGUCACUUAAGGGCUGGUUUAGAAGGAAUAUUCACCAAACAUUUUGGAAGUAAGGUUGUAGAGGAAAUAUUUGAGAGGACUUUGGGAAAAAGUGAAGAGAUUUCUGCAUGGUUGAAAGCUGAAUUUUACAAGACUGCGAGGCAGUUGUUCUUGGUUUUGAAACGUAAAAUUUAACUUGUAACGGGGUCAUCUUUAUUUAGUCUCUGAGGCAUCAAUGACCUAUGUUGUGUCUAUCGACUAUCAAUUACUUUGAGUUGUGUGUUUUUUCGCUACUUGAAGUUUGGCUUUAGGCCACUAAUUUUAUUGAACCGUCCUUGAUUGAACA